AUGAAGCUCUGCAUUGUUGUUUUGCUCAUCAGCGGUUGCGUUCACCGCAUAAGUGCCUCUAAUGGGAACAUAAAUGUUAUCAAUGAAAACGAUUUGGUCAGUAUGGCCGUAACUGCUCCUAAAGUCCAAGAUUCCCAUUCUCCAUCUUUUGAUGGCCUCCUCCCACCAGAGUUCAACCAAAACUAUGUUCAGCAGUGGUCGUCCCUUUCUAGUGACAAAAUCAACAACAAUGGCGAUAAUGACCAAGACAAAGAUGGUGAUUCUAGCGACAACUCAAGGCCCAAGGUUGAUGGUAGUAUCCCCUUGCAUUGUCAACGUGAUGAAUUUGUUAUUCAUUCAUUGGGUGACUUGAACUCUAUUAUUGAAUGUGAAACCAUUGUUGGAAACGUUGUCAUUUCUGAAUUUGAUUAUCCUAUUAUUACAUUUACCAACUUGGUCAAGAUUAAAGGUGAUUUAUCUAUAUUCAAGUCACCAGAAUUGGUGCGCAUUGAGAGUCCACAGUUGCAAAGUAUUAGUGGAGAAUUUCAAUUAUACGAGUUGACUUCGUUGGCUUUGAUUAGUGUACCUAGUUUGAAACGAGUUCUUUCUUUGAAAUGGGAGAUUUUACCCAUCUUGAGCAAUGUCCAAUUCAAUGCUGAAAUUAAGGGAAUUGAAAGUAUAACCAUUUCUGAUACGUCGUUGACUGGGUUUUCUGGAUUUGUUGCUAGUGACUUGAAAGUUUUGGAUAUUAACAACAACCGGUUCUUGGAUACCAUUGACUGCAAUGUCGAGAAGGUGACUCAGUUGUUGCAUGUUUCUGCAAACUCCAAUGAAAUUAAAGUUCAAUUGCCCAAUUUGAAACAGGUUGAAGAGUUGAGUAUUCAUAAUGUUGCCACUUUGAACUUGGGUAGUUUGGAAAGAGUUGGUAAAUCAAUGAGUUUGAGCAGUUCUUUGUUGCAUUCCAUAAAGUUGCCCAAGUUGAAAUAUAUUGGUGGUACUUUGAAUAUUUCCAAGAAUUCCAAAUUGGAAGUGGUUGAAUUUCCCGAAUUGGAUGAGAUUGAAGGUGGGUUAAUGGUUAUCAAUAACAACUUGAUUGAAAGGGUGAAUUUCUUCCCCAGCUUGAAGAUUAUUGGUGGUGCUUUAGAAAUUGUGGGGAAGAUUACGGAAUUGACAUUUAAAAAUUUGAAAUUGGUUAAAGGUAGCGCAAUUGUUACGUCAACUUCACCACAGUUUGAUUGUCAGAAGUGGACUAAACUGGAGAUUGGGUUGGUUGUUCGAGGUGGCAAGAUUGAAUGCACAAAUGCCAAUAAUGAAAAGGUGACCUCAAGAACAAAAGAAGAUGGCUCUGAAGCAAGUGAUGUUAAAAACGAAGAAGAAGGAGUCGAAAAAGGAAAAGAAGUGGAGCAGGAGGGAAAUGAUAAAGGAAAGGAGAAACUGAGUCAAGUUGAAAACAGGUCAGGUGGCAACGGUUCCAGGAAUAAGACUCUGACUUCCAGAAAUGACAAGUUUACGAAAUCUUCGUCUUCCUCCCACAACUGGGAUACAUUUUAUUCACUUUAUGCUUUCUUCUCCAUUGCUGCUAUCAACAUUGCAGUAUUGAUUUGA